AUGGAUUUGGAUGUGGCCAAACCUCAAGCCAAGAUUGGAAACAAAGGUCCCCUCAGAGCCACCGGCCCCGGAUCCAGCCCACCCAAGUUUAAACAGAGGAGCAGCCGUCAGUUCAAGAGCAAGCCUCCCAAGAGGGGCGUCAUUGGCUUUGGAGAGGAUAUCCCAGGAAUGGAAGGGCUUGGCAUGGACAUCACAGUAAUCUGCCCAUGGGAAGCCUACAGCCAUCUAGAGCUACACGAACUGGCUCAGUAUGGCAUCAUCUGAGUCUCUUUGCCUGAGAAGUUAUUUUUUAUAUCUACUGAAGGGAACUGAGGUGGCAAGUUUUGAUCUGGAU